AUGAGCAAUCUUCGUAAAUUUGAGGGUCAAAACAACUGCGUGCCCAAAGCGGGAGCCCCUGCCACUCGCUUCCGUUCUGUGCUUGCUCUACCCUACCGACCACCCAGCCUUUUUCCGUCCGCAGUGAAGCGCACGGCACGGAGGAAUAACAAGGAGGCCCGUGUGGCUGGAAUGAAGUCAACCCUGGAGAGUGGUGGGAGACGAGGAAAGAGACCCGUGCACGUUGGAGAUGGGGACAAAGAACGCGUAGGGCUACCGGAAGGACUUCGACUUUUACUCCGAGACAGGCCCAACCUGCAGCUGGCCGCCGUGGCCGCGCUGUUGCAGCGCUUCAGCCUGCCCGCUGCCGCUCCGGGAGAGCGCAGGACCCGGGCGGCUGCAGCCCCGGAGGCGGCCGUCCGGUGCGCGCAGCACGGCGAACCGCUCAAGCUGUACUGCCAGGACGACGGACGAGCCAUUUGCGUAGUGUGCGACCGCGCCCGCGAGCACCGCGCUCAUGCUGUGCUGCCGCUCGAUGAGGCGGUGCAGGAGGCCAAGGAGCUCCUGGAGUCCAGGCUGAGGGUCUUGAAGAAGGAACUGGACGACUAUGAGGUGUUCCGGUCCACCGAAGAGAAGGAGAGCAAGGAGCUCCUGAAGCAGAUGGCAGCGGAGCGAGAGAAGGUGGGGGCAGAGUUCCAGGCGCUGCGGGCCUUCCUGGUGGAACAGGAGGGCCGGCUUCUGGGCCGCCUGGAGGAGCUGUCCCGGGAAGUGACACAGAAGCUGAAUGAGAACCUGGCCCAGCUUGGAGGUGAGAUCACCCAGCUCUCCGAGAUCAGCAGCCAUAUCCAGGAGACAGCUCGAAAGCCUGACCUUGACUUCCUCCAGGAAUUUAAAAACACACUAAGCAGGUGCAGCAAUGUGCCUGGUGCCAAGCCAACCACUGUCUCUUCUGAGAUGAAGAAUAAAGUCUGGAAUGUUUCCCUCAAGACCUUUGUCUUAAAGGGGUUGCUGAAGAAGUUCAAAGAAGAUCUUCGUGAAGAGCUGGAGAAAGAGGAGAAAGUGGAACUCACCUUGGACCCGGAUACAGCCAAUCCCCGCCUCAUCCUCUCCCUGGAUCUUAAGAGUGUGCGCCUUGGACAGCGGGCCCAGGACCUGCCCAACCACCCUCACCGCUUCGAUACCAACACCCGCGUCCUGGCAUCCUGCGGCUUCUCCUCUGGGCGGCACCACUGGGAGGUGGAAGUGGGCUCCAAGGAUGGCUGGGCCUUUGGCGUGGCCCGCGAGAGUGUGCGCCGCAAGGGCCUCACACCCUUCACCCCUGAAGAGGGAGUCUGGGCGCUGCAGCUCAACAGUGGGCAGUACUGGGCUGUGACCAGCCCUGAGCGGACACCCCUUAGCUGUGGGCACCUGUCACGCGUGCGGGUGGCCUUGGACCUGGAGGUGGGGGCUGUGUCCUUCUAUGCAGUGGAGGACAUGCGCCACCUCUACACCUUCCGAGUCAACUUCCAGGAGCGUGUGUUCCCCCUUUUCUCUGUCUGCUCCACUGGCACCUACUUGCGAAUCUGGCCUUGAGGAGGACUGCCCAGCAUCUCAGGAAGGGGUGAUCACUUAUGGGAAAAUAUUUCCUCUUCCUGGCUACCCAUGGGAAGGGAUGAUGCCCUCCACACUACUGUGCCAGGCUGCCCAAGAGAGACUGCUACAGAACAAUUUCAAACUCUGGUCCAGUGGCUGUCCUCAGUUGCAAGAAGGCAGGUUUGGGCUUGGGCCAGCCAGACUCAUUAUCACUUCUGCUUUACCUUUUUGACAGCUGCCAGUUCUGCCUUGAAAGGUUAGGAGACCUCUGGAUCCAGCUGGCCUGACAACGUCAUCUACUCAGGAAAAUCACUGUACUCCCAGCUCAGACAACAGUUGGGCCAGAACUGGAAGGAGACCGUUGACCCAUACAUGAAAGAAAAGCCCAGGGCAACAGCAUAUAGGCAUUGCUACUCUCCAGUACUCCUUAGCCUGAUGGCAGAGUGACAUGUGCAUCCUUAACCACAGUGACAAUGAACACAUGUCCUCACAGAUACCUAACCCCCCAUUUUCCAGUGCCAAAGUACAGACUUGCUUGGGUAAGGAGAUCAAAGGUUCUGGAACAUUGAAACACAAGUUGGCACUUAUAAUUUUACAGGUGCAAUUAGCACCAGCACAGAAAUUCACAGAGCACUAACAUGCUCCUGACAGGUCCUUUCUGGAACUUGCCAAAUGCAUGCCAAUAGCAGAGCACCCUGGUGCCAAGGCCUGCUCAGCCUGGGCACUGGGGGGCAUUCACCUGGCCAGCGUCUUUAUCCCCUUGGCUAAUUGUUCCCCAGCUUCUGGAUGGCUCGGCUUCUAGGAGGGUGGUAGUGGGACGUUGGGGAGAUGGAAAUAUAGACAGUGAGCUCAUCUCUA